UGUAAUUCACAAACAAUCAUAUUUUUAAUUUCAGAAAAUUUUUUCAAAAUGUCAAAUUCUUUUUACAGAGGGAUAGUGUUCACAGGGCUAGGUUGUCUAGUUCACGCUGCCUACUCUGCUGCAGAAUGGAGACAGAUAUCUAGGUACGCGGAUAUGCAGGAUAUGUUACUACCAAUAGAUAUUGGAAUUCAGACUAUUCUUUCCCUACUUCUCACAAUGUUUGGUGUUCUAUAUAUUGCUGGAGAAUUCAAGGAGAUCAGAGCUACAGUAGAACUGGAAGGAAAAUCCUGGGAGAACCUUAGAAACCGUCCUUCAUUCUACACAUUCAACCAUAGAGGACGGGUCUUCUCUCCGUUCUAUCAACCUCCAGCAGCCUCGAAGAACAUUCUAGACAUCCCAGAAAGAUUCAUGUCCUAGCUCUAGUCAAGCUUUUUUGUAAUAAUACAACGGUAUGUCAGAAUGUACUCACAUUUUUCUGAGAACCUCCUGAGUUUUUGUUGUAAAUUUUUAGGUGAUUUAGUUAUUUAAUUAUCGAGCAUUAUUAUUUUAAUUUGUUUUAUUUCGAUUUUCAUUAUUUUUUCUUGAUUAUGGCAGUUUGAUUAAAACAGACAAUUUCUUUAAGAAAUCUAAAAUACUCGAAUUGUUUGUGAACUCCAAUGUAUUCCAGGAUUCAUAUUUCGAUGUGAAAUAUCUAAGUGAACCACAUUAUCCUGUACAAUGUCAGAACUAUAGCAUGGAUAAAUAUGAUAUAUUCUACAGUAAACCUAAAACCGAGGAAUGUUUUUGUAAAUCUGUAUUCUCUGAACUACCUGGAGAUCUGCAUUGAUUCUAAUCCUACCAUGAUAAGGAAUACCCUGAGCAGGAUAAUGCUCUAACCUUGUGUAUAAACAAAUGGUUCUGAAUGUCUUGUAUCCCAAGAUAUGAGAAUGAAGCGAAGAAAGAGAACUGCACGUCCUGGAUAAAUACCUGUGACGUGGGACUGAAACCUUACUCCGCUUUGCUCUCUCAUCCAAUUAAACAAUGCACAGUUAAACUCAGGGUCUAUCAAACAUUUACUUUGUAUUCAUCUUCUAGUAUUCAUAUUGUCGGAGGGAUUAUUUGUAUGUUUCGGAAAAAUCAGUUUUUUUUUACUUUACCUUCGCCACUUUUACUUAGA